GCAGACUUGUCUCAUUUCAAUCAGCUGGUGAAAGUUAGCAACUCUGACGCAGCGUGCAGAACGCAGUUUCUGUUAAAUCUACGGUUAUAAUCCUGCACAGAAAAAUGUAAUGUGCGCGUGCUCGUUGGCGGGGGAGGCGCAUUUUGAUGACGCAGUUAAACAGUGUUUACUAACCCAUCGUGGGGAUGCAGAGUUAGGUUGAUAGUUUCGGAUUAACCCGUCAAAUAAAACGCACCGUAUUUGACUACACAAGCGACAGUUUAUGAUGAUAUAACCAUCGGAGAUAUGAGGAACUACUCAUCCGCUUCGCUGGUUCGUGUCCGCAGUACGGGCUCGGUUCCCCUCGGCAGCCCUUCGUUAUGUUGGGGUCCAUCAAACACCCUGGGGCUGCUGGAUUGUGCUGCUGAGCAGCUCAUGGUUCUUAGGGAGUUUCAGUCCUCACUCGACACCUGUGAGAGGGGCUUGGAGAGCCUUGGGGGCCUCGGCGAGUUGGAGGACGGCGGCAUGAAAUACGCGGAGCUGAAGUCGGCUUUCUGCAUUGUGGGGAUUCAGGCACUGGCAGAACUCAACAAGUGGCAAGGUGUCCUUUGCUGGGUCCUGCAGUACUAUGGGAAGCCUGAAAAACUGCCAGCGAAAAUUCUGCAGAUGUGUAUUCUCUUGUACAGGAAGGUUGGAGAGCCUGCCACUAUGCAGGAGGCAACCAGUCACUGGCUGAAUUACCCAGCCAACAGCAGUGUGCCCGGGUUCGGGCCUGUGGCAGAGCUGUACCUGUUACACAUAUUACUGCCUUGUGGUCGACUGGCAGAGGCCAAGGAGCUGGUCUUGGGCCCUGUAGGUAGCUUGGCAUUCAGCGAGGACCACAGGAAAGCUGCCCUGGAGAUGGUGGAGAACCAGAGGCGAUAUACCCCCACCCCCACCCCUACCCUGAGCUCCACACUGGCAUCGAGUACCGAGACCAUUCCACAAAGAGGGCACGACUCGCCCAGGUUGACGGCUGUGUUGCGGCUGCUGCACCAAGGGCUGCUUGUGGCUCGGGCACAUCUGCAGUCCUUACCCAUACAGAGGGCGCUGCUGGCUGCCUUCCUACUCUACCUGCUCCUCGUCCGAGUAGAUCCAGCACUGUCCAGUGCAUUCCCCUGGAUCUCCAGUCUCCUGCGCACACUGAGGCACAUGUGGGCUGCCAUGUUUGGGCCGUACCACCGCUCUCAAUGACCAGCGGGCUGCCAUGCUUGGGCCGUACCACCGCUCUCAAUGACCAGCGGGCUGCCAUGUUUGGGCCGUACCACCGCUCUCAAUGACCAGCGGGCUGCUAUGUUUGGGCCGUACCACCGCUCUCAAUGACCAGCGGGCUGCCAUGUUUGGGCCGUACCACCGCUCUCAAUGACCAGCGGGCUGCUAUGUUUGGGCCGUACCACCGCUCUCAAUGACCUGCUCAUGCUGACUUCAGUCAUAUGUGGAGACGGGGGAGUCAUCCGAACUGGACAGAAAUGAACUAUAUAAUUAUGAAUUCUGUUUUAUCAUUUGUUAAAAACUAUUUACAUUAAAUGUUAUGAUGUCAGUCCAUCAAAGGGUAUUCAUAUCUGGGGUGUCCCCUACCCUAUGGAGGGAGUGACUUAUGAAUGUGGAAUAUAAACCUCUGAAAACCAUGUCAUAUCAGUCUUCUCCAAUAAAAAUCUAUUCUGUCCUAGACUUUUUGUG